AUUUUAAUUUAUUUGUUUAAAUUUAAAUUUAUAAAUAAAUUUAGUGUAUAAAAUGAAUAAUAAACCAGGUCAAUACGGUGCCCCAUUACCACCACCAACCGGUGCCAAACCAUUACCACCACAACCCGGUCAAUAUGGUGCUCCAGGUCAAUAUGGUGCUCCACAACAAGGCUAUCCACCACAACAACCAGGUCAAUAUGGUGCUCCACAACAACCAGGUCAAUACGGUGCUCCACAACAACCAUACGGUGCUCCAGGCCAAUAUGGUGCUCCACAACAACCAUACGGUGCUCCAGGUCAAUAUGGUGCUCCACAACAACCAGGUCAAUAUGGUGCUCCAGGUCAAUACGGCGCUCCACAACAACCAUACGGCGCUCCAGGUCAAUACGGCGCCCCACAACAACCACAAUAUGGUGCUCCAGGUCAAUACGGUGCUCCACAACCACCACAAUAUGGUGCCCCAGGUCAAUACGGUGCUCCACAACAACCAUACGGUGCUCCAGGUCAAUACGGUGCCCCACAACCACCACAAUACGGUGCUCCAGGUCAAUAUGGCGCUCCACAACCACCACAAUAUGGCGCUCCACCACAAGCUCAUGGCAAACCAGCACCAAUGGCUCCACCAAGUGGCAUGGGUGGUGUCACUCUUGUUAAAUUCUUUGACCAUGUCAGAGCUAGAUAUGCUCGUGACUAUACCUUAAUCAUUGAUAAAUCAGGUAGUAUGUCAGGCUCUCUCUGGAAACAAGCCGAAGCAGCUGUUGCCAAAAUUGCACCAUUCGCUUGUAGUGCCGACCCAGAUGGUAUCACCGUUUAUUUCUUCUCAAGUCCAACAUCAAAACAUCCAAAAUACGAUAACAUUAGAGACGGUAAUAUGGUUAUGGGCUUAUUUGCUCGUGAAAGACCAUCAGGUACCACCGAUUUAUAUGGUGUUUUAAAACAAGCUCUUGAUGAGCAUUUUGCUAAAGGUAACAAACCAGAAACUAUUUUAGUUAUCACUGAUGGUAUUCCAAAUUCUGAAAGUGAUGUUGUUAAUCUUAUCAUCAAAACAACAAAGAAGAUUAAUAGAGAUGAAGAUCUUUCAAUUUCAUUCAUCCAAAUUGGUAGUGACAGAAGCGCUGGUAAAUUCCUCAAGAAAUUAGAUGACGAUUUAAAGAAGAAAGGUGCCAAAUUUGAUAUUGUAGAUACUCUUACUGCUGAAGAAAUGAAGCAGAUGUCUUUCGAAGCUUUAAUUGAUAAAUCAAUCAAUGAUUAAAUGUAUAAAAAACAACAUAAUAAUAAUAAUAAUAAUAAUAGUAAUAAUAGUAAAAUAGUAAUAAUAUAUAGCAAAAACAACCAAUAAUAUAGUAAAAUAGAUUUUAAAAUAAAAAACAAACUGUAUUUUU